AUGCCACCUAAGUUUGACCCCAGUGAGGUCAAAGUUGUGUACCUCAGGUGCACCGGUGGCAAAGUUGGUGCAACAACUUCUCUGGCCCCCAAGAUCAGCACCCUGGAUUUGUCUCCAAAAAAGGUUGGUAAUGACAUUGCCAAGGUAACCAGUGACUGGAGAGGUCUGAGGAUUACAGUGAAAAUGACUAUCCAGAAUAGACAGGCCCAGAUUGAAGUGGUAUCUUUUGCCUUUGCCCUCAUCAUCAAAGCCCUCAAGGAACUGCUGAGAGACAGAAAGAAACAAAAACACAUUAAAUACAAUGGAAAUAUCACUUUCUAUGAUAUUGUCAACAUUGCCAGACAGAUGUGGCAUCAAUCUUUAGCCAGAAAACUCUCUGGAACCAUUACAGAGAUCCUGGGGACGUCCCAGUAG